AAGUGAGUAAGCGUAUGGCACUUGGAAUAUAGCAUCGGAGGCGCUAGUGUCACUGCAUGCAUUCAAUGCCGUCAUCCGCAUAAGUUUCAAUCUGUACAGAGCUUCAGUAUACUUUUCACACAUGAAAUGCAUUGUUCCGAAUGAAAAUAAUCACAAUGUUGAGUUAUUAGCACAAAACAUCUUUAGUAGUUUAUUUUUCAAACUUAAAUUGAUUUAAAUCAUGUUCAUAAUGCUAUAAUUUGAAAAUGUUUAUCUAUAAACUGACUAAUUCACCUAUGGCCAUCUUUUGGUGGUGAACCGACCUGUAGAAACUGUCAAAACAAAUGUUGAGGUUACAUCAUUUUGAAAGGCCAUCAACAUGAUUGUAAACAGAUUGUUAGGUAAAAUUUUGUAUGGCCAUAAGGUUCGGCUGAGGUAUCGCUAUUAUUCAACGUCAAAAUCAUCAGAUGACAACAUUCGAAAUAUUGCAAUUUUAGCUCACAUCGAUGCAGGCAAGACAACAACGACCGAACGGAUGUUGUAUUAUUCCGGCAAGACGCAUACAAUGGGAGAGGUACAUCGUGGUAAUACAAUAACCGAUUUUUUAGCACAAGAACGCGAACGUGGUAUCACAAUAUGCAGUGCAGCGGUAACACUUCCGUGGAAAGAUCAUCGUAUAAAUCUCCUAGACACACCGGGUCACAUUGAUUUUACAAUGGAAGUGGAACAGUCACUUGGCGCCGUCGAUGGUGUAGUUGUUGUGCUCGAUUCAUCAGCUGGUGUUGAGGCACAAACAAUUACCGUUUGGCAUCAAGCCGAUCAUUAUAAACUACCACGAAUGGUUUUCGCAAAUAAAAUGGAUCGACCAGAUGCUGACUUCGAGGGAUGCUUGGAUGAUUUAGAGAAAAAAUUGGAAUGCAUUCCAGUGCCCAUUCAAUUGCCAAUUAUGGGUGACAAAGGAAUAAAAAGUAUCAUUGAUGUUCUGGAGCUUAAAGAGUUGCGUUUCGAUCAAUCGAAAGAAGGACGUGUUUACGCCAAAGUUCCGCUCAGUGGUGAGCUUCUGAGAAAAACGGUCGAGAAAAGAUGUGAGAUCAUUGAUUUGAUGAGCAGCUACGAUGACAAGUUAGCAGACCAAAUCAUACAAAAUGAUAGUUUGGAAACCAUCGACAGUUCCAUAGUUAGACAAGCGAUACGAAAUUUGACGAUAAAGCAAAAUAUUGUGCCAAUAUUCCUGGGAUCGGCGUACAAAAAUACAGGUGUACAACUUCUAAUGGAUGGGGUCACAUCAUAUCUGCCAGCGCCUAGUGAACGUGGCUCUAUUUAUAAAUGCUUUGGUAAAGAUUUUGCGGGCAAAGUGUUCAAGGUGAUGCACGACAAACAAAGAGGUGCCUUGAGUUUAGUUCGGGUGCUCAAUGGUACGCUAAAAAAAGGGGACAAAGUCACUACAUCCAAUGGUAACUCGGAGGUCAUUCAGCGAAUCUAUGAACCGUUGGCCGAUGAAUACCGUGAAAUAAAUGACGUGAGUCAGGGAAAUGUUGGUAUAUGUGCUGGACUCAAGACUACCUCCACUGGUGAUCUUCUUAUGUCGAGUAUGAAAUCAUUGAAUGCAGCCCAAGAGAAGCUUGAGUCAAAAGGUAUUCAACUGCAGUUGAAACCACAAAUUCCAGAUGCCGUUUAUUUUUGUUCGAUUGAACCGCCAUCCAUUUCUUAUCAGCCAGCUCUUGAAAAGGCACUAGCUCAGCUCCAUCGCGAAGAUCCAAGUUUUCGCGUUAGCUAUGAUGAUACAACGAUGCAAACCGUUCUGGGUGGAAUGGGAGAAUUACACUUAGAAAUAAUAAAAUCGAGAAUUCUAAGUGAAUACAAAAUCGAAGCUGAUCUUGGACCAUUACAAAUUGCUUAUAAGGAGUCGAUUCAGGAGCCCAUUCGUGAUACAUUCGAAUUGAAAAAGGAUAUUGCUGGUUCAGCUCAAGAAGUCACCAUUGAAAUGUCAUUGGUUAUGGAUAAAACAGACGAAUUUAAUCUCGACACACAUCCAGAGGCGGCACAUGCAUUAGCAGCCAUUCAUCCAAAAUACAUAAAGUGUAUAAGAAAAGCCGUGCAAUCAGCCCUGCUUAGAGGCCCAUUGGUUGGUGGAACAGUUGUCGAUACACAAGUUAUACUACACCAAUUGGUGCUCGGUAGAAGAACAGCCGAAUCCUUAUUAAUGUCGGCCACAGCACAGUGCAUACAAAAACUUCUCCGGAAAACCGGAUGCAGACUUUUGGAACCACUGAUGUCAAUUCAAAUAAUUAUGCCGGGCGGUCGACUAUCAGUCGUGCUGGGUGAUUUGUCAAAGCGACGAGCGGAAAUCCAAGAAGUGGUAGUCCGAGGAGAAAACAGGAUUGUGCAUGCAAUCGCUCCGUUGGCCGAACUCGGCGGGUAUUCGAGUAAGGUGCGAAUAUCUACAUCGGGAACAGCUAGCAUGAGUAUGCAGCCAUGCGGCUACGUAUCUAUGACGGAAGACCAACAAACGCACGCAAUACGACGAACUCAAGGAUUAGAAUAAAUAUUUCGAGUCAAAGUGUUCAAUAUUUGUUUUAAAAACAUUCGAUUAUUCAGUCAAUAAACCAGUUAAUUUUAAGCAAAAAAA